AUCGAAAGCUAUACCGCGACCGGAAUCGAUAACGCUUUAGACUUGCUGGAUGUCGUUACCGCGAAAAUGGAUAAAGCCAGCGUUGGAAGCAAAGCUGCCGGGAUCGAGAGACAUCCUGAGCGGAGGUUUAAGGCGGCAUACGAAGCCUACCAAGAGCGGGAGCUUCCCAAUCUCAGAGUCGAGCACCCUGGAUUGCGGCUGCAACAGUAUAAGGACCUUCUCUACAAGCAAUUCCAGAAGUCCCCAGAGAAUCCGUUCAACCAAGUCACCGUGUCCUAUGAUGCGACCAAAGACGACAAGGUGGACGCUCUCAAGAGGCGGCAAACCGAAGUCGAGGAGCGUCUGCGGGACAAGUAA